CACAACUUUGUUCACUCUAGCAUUUGCCUUCAGCCCACUCACCUUAACAUGUCCGAACCCAAGUUCAUCCUCGUCAAGACUGCGAAGUACUCCGUGCUCCACCCCACCAAGGGCGCCAAGCCUAUGAAGGCUGCCGCUGUCGUCGCCGCGCCUGCCAAGGCCGCCGUCGCCGCGAAGCCUUCCGCUCCUAAGGCGUCGACCCCCAAGGCCAAGAAGCCCGCCGAUGACGAUGAUGAUGACUUGUUCGGUGACGACGACGACGACGAAGAAGCUGAAGCCGCUGCCAAGGAAGCCGCCAAGAAGCGCGCCGACGCCGCCAAGGCUGGCAAGAAGGAAAAGGCCAAGCCCGUGGAACGCUCGCAAGUCGUGAUUGAAGUCAAGCCUUGGGAAGCCGAAACCGACUUGCUUGACUUGGCUGCCAAGAUCAAGGCCCUCCAAAUCAACGGCUUGACCUGGGGCGAAGGCCACAAGUUGGUCCCCGUCGCGUACGGCAUCAAGAAGUUGCUCGUGCAAUGCAUCAUCGUCGAUGACCUUGUGCUCUUGGACGACAUCACCGACGCCAUCGAAGCGUUCGAAGACUACGUGCAAUCUGUGGACGUGGCUUCCAUGAACAAAGUCUAAACAACCAAUUCACACUUAUGAUAUAUUUGUAACAUUGUUAUGUUUCCAA